GCGAAGCACGGCAUUGAUCCAGGUCUGUUCCCUCGGAACAUUCCAGUUUACACUGGGCAUUACCACAAACCUCAUGUUGUGAAGGACACAUCAAUCGAGUAUGUGGGUUCUCCGUACCAGGUGUCUAUGGGAGAAAGGGGACAGACGAAAAGACUCUUGAUUCUAAGCAAAGACUGGAAGAAAGUGGACGAGAUCCCUCUGGACAUAGGCUCUCGUCAUUUUGUCAUCUCACCAGAUGACUUUGCAAACCCAUCAGCGGUGCUUCCAGACCUCCGUAGUGGUGAUAUGGUCCGUUGGAUGUUACCUGUGGAUGUUGAGCCAGGAGCUGUCAAGGAAGAAAUGGAGAAACUUCGAAGUGAAGGAAUCAAUGUUGAGCUGGUGUAUUCACCGGUCAUGACAAAGCCUCGGAUUGAAGCUGUGGAAGAUCUUGACUCCUUUGGUUUGUUUGAGACGUAUGCAAAUACAGUUGGCAUGUCCGAUGGCGCAGUAAAGAUGGGUCUGUCCCUCCUGCGCAAUCUCAGUAUCCCAGGCAGACUUCUACAGCGGCCCAACGCAAGAGUGGUCUUUGAAUGUGUUGAACUGGAGGGAUAUGGCCCUUUCCUAGCACCUGUGCAGUACAACCUAGCGAAAAGGGGAAUACGGGUCAUCUCAGGACGAAAUGAGGACAGCGUGGGUUCUGACAGUAAUGGCGCAGGGAAGACAACACUAGUCAUGGCACCACUUUGGGCGCUUACAGGUGGCACAGACCCUCGCCCUGACUCCCCUCGAGGACUGACCUCCUCAGAUGUGAUAAAUCCCUCGGCAAACAGUGCCAGAGUGACACUUGAAGGGACAGUGAAUGGAAAACGAUUUGUCAUCCAGAGAGUUGCUGGAAGGCGGCCAGCACUGCAAUUUGAACUAGAUGGUGAAGACCUCACAUGCCAAGAGAUGCGAAUGACACAGGACAUCAUCAAUGAGCAUCUGGAUGCUUGGGUGCUACAAAGGACAGCAUUCCAUGGCCAGCAUGCAAUUGGAAGUCUGUUGGAUGCUGGUGAUCGUGAUUUCAAGGAAGAGCAAGCCACCGCCCUGUUAAAAGAGAGAAAAGAAAAGGAGGCGAAGAAAGAGUUGAUAAAGCAGGCCAAGAAGUUGGCCUUACUGGAGGAGCAGGCGACGAAGAAGAAGAAGGUGGAGGAGGAAAUGGAGAGAUUAAAGAAAGAAGAGGAAGAGAAGUUCAAGGCAGUGGAGGAAGAAGAAGUAGAGGAAGAAGUCCCCUUGGAAAGAAACGUAAAAAGGGAAAGAGGGGAAUCGAGCGGCACGAAGAAAGAAGAGCAGUGGAUGGAAAAAAAGGUGUCGGAGUGGGUCGCCAAGCUGUCCCUGGGAGAAGAAGACGAAGCGAUGUUGUAUGUCCCCAGGACAGAACAAGAGGCAGUGAUGAGGGAGUUGCAGGCGGAGGAAGAUCCCCUAUGCCGCGCGACAAUGGAAGAAGAGAAAAGGUUGGAGUGGAAAUUGCGCCUCACAAGAGAGAGAAGGCAACGGCUGGAAGCGGCGGAUAAGAUGGAGAAGGAGUUGAGGGUACAAGAUGAUGGCAAUGGAUAUAGACCGGUAGAGUUCAUGUCCGUUAGGAUGCCAUCAGAGAAGGUAACAACAUCAACCUAUGAGAGGGAACUCUACGCUCUCAGGCAAGCAUUAGACGACUGGAAGCACUACUUGCUUGGGAGGCACUUCAAAGUUUAUUCAGACCACGAGACGUUAAGAUGGUUGAAGACGCAGGCCAAGAUGACACCUAAGCUUACUAGGUGGGCUGCAGAGAUGGAUCAAUUUGACUUUGAGCUCAAGCCAGUCAAAGGAAAGUACAAUGUAGUUGUAGACGCUCUAAGUAGGAGAGUCGAUUACUUUGGAGCGAUAGUACACUAUCCGGACAUAGGGAGAGACGUGCAACAGAAAGUCAAAGAGGCGUAUGUGCAAAACCCUAUUUAUAGCGACCUCCUCAAAAGAGAUAAGGAGUCCCCAGAGUAUGAACCAGCUUACCGCACUAUAGAUGGAUUGUUAUUUGAGAAGACUAACGUAGCUGAUCGACUAUACGCUCCCAACAGUGAGGAGAUCUGUAGUUUGAUCCUAGGGGAAUGCCACGACACAGAGGGACACUUCGGUUGGCAAAAGACAUUAGGCAACCUCGUUCGUGCAUAUACAUUGCCUGGCAUGAAGGCUGACUGCAUAGAGUAUGUGCGCAAUUGUAAAAUUAGAAGAGAUCUGCUGAAAAGUUGUGAGGCCUGCCAGGAAAGCUUCAAUGUGCUGCAAGCUCACGUGGCUGUUGCCGAAGGGCUUACAAAUAGAAGCUCUCAGAUGACGUCCUCUGAGUGUGAUGAACGAGACGAUGAAGUCAACUCAUUGUUGCAAGAUAUACAUAGGUUGGAAGAGGAGAUACAAGAUUUUCAACGACAGCUUGCGAUUAUCAAUUACAAGUUGGGAGGUGCUGAGAUCAAUGUCACAGCGAGCAAAGCAAAAAUUGAGGCUUUCUGCGCCAAUACAGUCGGCGUUCAGGUCUGUGAAACAUGCCUCCAGCCCAUCGAUAAAUUGCAGGUGGAGCACAACCUGGCAGAUCUGGAGGCUCAUUACCAAACUUCUCUGCAACAGCUCAUUCAGAUUCAACAGGAAAAAGCAGCAGUUUAUGACUCGUUGGUGACUGCACAGGAGAAGAAGGUAGAGGCAUGUGCAGCGAAGGACACAUUACUCGAGCAGAACGCAUACCGGGAGGCUUCAGUAAGGGAAACGGAGCAAAGAUUCUAUGAACACUUCGGUGUUGCGAAGACCCUCCUUGAGAAAGCCAGCCAACUGCUAUCCCGCUUUCAAAAGGAGUUCUUCCCUUUGGAUGGCAGUUCUUCUCCAGCCCCCAACUCCUCGUCUCAGCGAAUGGAGGAAAGAGACAAUGACCCUCUGCAGAUGUUAUCCAAAGAGAAACUGGCACCAUCAUCAUCAGACCUGCCAGUGUUGGAAAGCAGCAUGACAAUUUGCGAUGAGGUAACCAUCGAGACUUCAACAAGCCAUUUCUUUCUGAAUAAGACACAGCAAACGUCAGAUGAUUGGAGGGAGAAGUGGUUGAGCGCCGGCCGAGCACAGAUCCAGUCAUUGCAGGACAGGAUGGAGGCAUUUGAGAACUUCAUCAAAGUUAUGGACCAGGUUCAGCUAAGGGUGGAUGGAGUGACAAAGGAGGAGAACCCGUAUUCUGGACAAAGGGGAGUGCUAGAGCAGCUCUGGUCACAGAGACAGAAAGAGGAAGAGGAGCGGAGGAAGUGCCUAGAAGUCGCUGAAGAAGAGGCCGGCUGGUUGAGAGAGCUGGACACAGCAUGUGGUCUCACUGGUAUCCAGAGCUAUGUGUUGGAAGGUGCACUUGCUGAGCUGCAGCACAGAGUGACAGGCUACUUGGAAGCGUUGUCAGGCGGGACUUUGGGGCUGAGUCUUUCCGCCACGCGCCAGGCAAAGACUACCAAGAACUCAGUGGAGAGAAUCGACAAGACUGCAUAUGUCAGGCAAAGUGAUGGUACUGUGCUGGCCAGGCCUCUGCGCCAGCUAAGUGGUGGAGAAAGGAGGCGGCAGAUCCUCGCGAUGGCAUUAGGCUACGCCGACUUUGCAUCGGAAAGGACCGGGGUUCACAGCGAUCUCAUUGUACUGGAUGAAGUUCUUCAGCACCUGGACAUGGAAGGUCGGGAUCGUGUGAUCUCACUCUUACGGGCCAUGGAUAAGGGCACCGUGUUGGUGGUCUCCCAGGCAUUCAGUGAUGUGGCGGAGGCCUUUGACAUGAUAGAUUGGGUGAUCAAGCGCAGAGAUACAGCGACGAUUGAAUGUGCGGAAGAUGUACGAAGUUGAGGUUUGCCUUUGCUAACCCUCCCUCUUCCUGUGUGCUCAGGUCUUCAGAGUCUUCUUGUGAUUAUAGUUCGUUGGAAACGCACUGAAAGAAUAAAAUUGCAAGGAGGCA